UCCCUGUCCUUUUCCGGCCGUGAUAUCGCCAUCAAGAUGGUAGCCCGUCGUCUUGGCCUUGUGCCCAAACAAGACAAGGGAGUAGUAUAAUACUCACUGCUUCCCCUCCCUCUAUAUUCUCUUAGGCCCGAUCAAUGUGAUCUUAAUCGUCUCGAGAUUGCCCUUCGGGCUGUCUAAGUAAUUUUCUUCUCGAUUCCUCCUGGCUUUCGCCGAGUAUAUAUCGCUGUUUCAACUACUCCUAUCCUAUGCCAUGGCGGAAGACAAUCGCGGACCCGAGCUGGUUGGCACCAUCACAGUGUUUCUCGGACUAUCAGCCAUCACGGUGGCUCUCAGAUGUUAUGUCAGAGCGUGUAUGCUGAAGAUAUUUAAGAUAGAGGAUUGGUUAGCUGUUGCGACGAUGGUAUUCUUUGCAUUAUACUGUGCUAUCUCUAUGGUAAAUGUGUCAAACGGGGCCGGCAAACAUAUGGAAGAUGUCCCUAUUGAAAAUAUCACCAAGGUUCUCCGGUUGAGAUGGGCGGGAGAGUUGACAUAUAUUGUCACAUGUCUGUUCCUCAAAUUUACUGUCGGCAUCUUCCUCUUGCGCAUAUGCUCGAAAGCAUGGCAACGAUCAGUCAUAUACAUGGUGCUUCUUGUGUGUUUCGUAUAUCUGAUCUUCUACGCCUUCAUGACCGUGUUCCAAUGCCAGCCUAUACCUUACUUCUGGCAUCGGUUUACAGGAGACAUGACUGGGAAGUGCUGGAGUAAUGAGCUUAUCGAAGGCGCGACAUAUACGGCCGCCGCGAUCACUUGUAUUUCGGACUGGGUAUUAGGUUUAUUACCUAUCGCGCUGGUGAGGGAUCUGGAGUUGACGAAAAGAACCAAGAUAAUGAUUUCUUUUACCCUGGCACUUGGGUCUCUAGCAUCGACAGCAACUAUUGUCCGCAUCCCGUACGUUCGAAAAUUGACCCUGAGCGGUGACUUCAUGUACGAAUUCACAGACCUGGUGAUUUGGUCUGCUGCCGAGAACGGGCUGGGCCUAAUCGCGGCCUCGAUCGCCACCCUGCGUCCGCUUGUGAGAGCCUUCUUUGGAGGGACACGGGUAGGGACGCCAUCACACCAGCGGCGUUCUAUAUAUUCGUGGCGGAGAUCAGACGUUGUUGAAAUCCGCCGCAGGGCGCAGAGCGAAAAUAUACAAUAUUUUAGGAUGGGGGAUUAUAAUAUCAAAUCACCUGAGCCGAUUCGCAAGCAUAUUAGGAAUGCGUCGGAUUUUAGGUAGAUGUUGUAG